AUGUCGUGGCACCCACAGUACCGGAGCUCCAAGUUCCGCCACGUGUACGGCAAAGCUGCCAGCAAGGAGAAGUGCUAUGACUGCGUGCCCAUCACCCGCAACGUCCACGACAACCACUUCUGUGCCGUGAACCCCCACUUCAUUGCGGUGGUGACCGAGUGUGCGGGUGGCGGGGCCUUCCUCGUCAUUCCCAUCCACCAGACAGGCAAGCUCGACCCACAUUAUCCCAAAAUAUGUGGGCACAAAGGGAAUGUUCUGGACAUCAAGUGGAACCCAUUCAAUGACUUUGUAAUAGCUUCAUGUUCAGAAGAUGCCACAGUUAAAAUCUGGGACAUCCCCAAGCACUUGCUAACAAGAAACAUUACCAGUCCGAAGAAGGAACUUCUUGGGCACGUUCGAAGAGUGGGCCUCAUUGAAUGGCAUCCCACUGCUAAUAACAUCCUCUUCAGCUCUGGCUAUGACUACAAGAUAAUGAUCUGGAACCUUGACACCAAGGAGGCUGUCAUCUCGAACCCGGUGAAGAUCCUUGAUGCUCACAAAGAUGUGGUCCUCUCCAUGUCGUUCAACACAGAUGGCAGUCUCCUUGCCACAGCCUGCAGGGACAGAAAGAUACGUCUGAUAGACCCUCGUUCAGGAACAGUCCUACAAGAAGCCAGCUACAAGUCUCACAGAGUCAAUAAAGUCUUGUUCCUUGGAAACAUGAAAAAGCUGUUCUCUACUGGAACAUCUCGGUGGAAUAAUAGGCAAAUUGCAUUAUGGGAUCAAAAUGACCUUUCUGUGCCUUUACUGGAGGAGGAUCUGGAUGGCUCCUCGGGACUCCUGUUUCCGUUCUAUGACUCAGACACACACAUGCUUUAUGUGGUGGGAAAGGGUGAUGGAAAUAUACGGUACUAUGAGAUAAGCCCUGAGAAACCAUACCUGAACUACUUGAUGGAAUAUCGUUCUCCUUUACCACAGAAGGGAAUUGGAAUGAUGCCAAAGAGAGGCCUUGAAGUGUCAGCUUGUGAGAUUUUCCGUUUCUACAAAUUGAUCCCAACUAAAAGCCUGAUUGAGCCCAUCUCCAUGAUUGUGCCUCGACGGUCGGAGUCAUACCAGGAAGACAUCUACCCCUUGACCACAGGAGCCCAGCCAGCACUGACGGCACAAGAGUGGCUGAACGGAGUUAACAAAGGGCCGCUCUUGGUAUCCUUGAGACCAGGCUCUGGAGCUGUGAAUUCCUUACCACAGUUUCUUGAGCCAGAGCCACUCAUGAAGACUACUGACCUGAACCAGCACCAGAGUCGGGGAGGAAGAAUGCCACUGGACGACAUGCAGAAGCCAAGUGAGAUCAAAGACAGCAGAAAACAGCUGAACGUGGAGGAGAAAUUGCCAAAAAAUGAGCAAAUGCGACUCUCCAAUGGCUUUGACAUAUUUGAGUGUCCACCACCAAAAACUGAAAAUGAGCUUUUGCAGAUGUUUUACCGGCAACAGGAAGAAAUCCGUAGACUACGUGAGCUGGUAAACCAGAGAGAUGUCCAAAUCAAACAGCUGGAGCUGGAGCUGAGAAACCUCUGCAUGAACACAGGCAGUUACUGA